AAAAUGCAGUGGGUCAGGGAUUUGCAAGAUUUCUACAAAUGGGCCGAUUCUGUGAGUGGUGAGUGAGUUUGUAAAGAAUGAAGAGGAUUUAUGAAUUUAAUUUGUUUUUACUAGAUACAACACCGGAUCGAUUUAAGUUCUUUGCAUGGUGAUCUUUGAUCGGGUUAAAGUGAAACAAUACAAAAUAUUAGUGACCAAAUUGUUACAGUUGUGAAACUCGGCCUUCUUUAUCAAACAACUUUAAUUAAAGUUAUUUACGUUUUCUGCAGACUACAGUGUAGGUAGAUGUUACAUGUUACAUUGUGUUUUCAAAAUAUUAUCCGUCCUUUUAUACAAAUACAGUUUAAACAAUGAUCUAACUAAAGGGAACAAACGUUAUUGUAAAAACAUGGGAGUAUCUUUAAUAACCUGAUUUGUACCUUAUAAAAUUCUUUCUUGGUAGAGGUCCCGGGAGGGGGAGGGGGGCGGGUACUCAACAAAUAUUAAUACGGGGAGGCGCCGCCCCGAGGUCCAACCCCUUACCUUUUAUAUGCCAUUUUUUGCGAAAAAAAGGUACCCCUUUCAAGUGACUUUUAUUUACAAAUAGUACCCCUUUCACAUACCUUGCUUAGAACUUUGCAUCCCUUUAAGAUGCUGUAAAUGCACUGUCUUUUAGGAAUUGAUCACAAAAAUAGAACAUUUUCUCAGCUUUAUAAAGCCAUAAAAAUUAGCCUGUGAACAGGCCUUUGGUCGAGCGGGGAACUAGGGAGAGGGAAAACCUUUCCCUUCCCUUUCCUUGCUAUUUUUUUCCCCAAACAAAUCGCCUGUUCACAGGCUACAUAAAAAUCAUCUGUUAGCUCUUUAGUCCUUUCACAGACCCAAAUGACAUAGACUACAAGUAGUCCCCCAUUUUUCCUCAGGGAUUCACACCCGCUCGCGUUUCGCUCGCUCUACUAUCCCUGGGGAAAAAUUGGGGACUACUCGUAGUCUACAAAAUGACAGAUUUCCCUACCCUUUCAUAUACCUGAAGCCUGAAAAAGGUACCCCUUUCGGGCAGGAUCUCCCCGUAUACGCCAUUACAGGGAGUAUCCCCUCCCUCGGUAGAGGUAAAACUAACUCUGUCACCUCAACUAUGAUUAUUAGGUGGGUGGGGGGGGAGGGGAGGGAUGGGGGAAAGACUCCCAUAUGACAGGGGUAGGAUGUUUGUCUUUUUAUUUUGUGGGUGCUGGUUGCAGAUUUUGCAAGCAAAGAAACUGGAAAGAAAGAAACCCUCAGUGACAACUUCCUUAUCAGAGUUAAAAUAAAAUUGUGACUUAACGCUCGGACGUACAAGGGGGGGGGGGGGAGGGGUGUGGAUUGUUGUUUUUUAUUUUGGGGGAGGCGGGUGUGAUAUUUUAAAAAAAAAAAACAAGACAAAAAAAAAACCCCAGUGUCACUUUUCUUAUAUGAGAUAAAAAAAAAAUUGUGUCUUCAGCGCGGGCGGAGAGGGGGGGGGGGGGGGGCUGUGGAUGCCCCCCCAUACGGUUUUCCUGAGUUUUUCCUUGGGGAUAAAACAUCAGCACCUGAUGUUUUCAGUAGCUGUUCAUUCAUCCCUCGCGCACACUUUGAGGCAAGUUCAGUGAUGGUCAGUUGCUAUGGUUAUGAGAUAUGACGUCAUAAGUAAGAGGCGGUCAAGCCAUUUUUGGGUGAAAACGAUAGUGCCACCAACAAUAGUGCCACCACCCAUAAAAUAUAUUUGAUCUUGUUAAGAAGAUCAAUGGCUUUCCACUAAAUGUCAAAUUGUUUUGAAAUACUGCAACAUAUCAAAAACUCCAGGGAGGGGUUACAUCCCCCCCCCUGUCCCACAGUGGGGGUAUGAAGUUGCUUGUACCUCCGAGGGUUAAAGCUCUUCUUUGUCCAUCUGUUCUAAUGGAAAUAUCACUAAAUAAAGCUUGAGCCACACCCAGAUAAGUCUGUUCUAGGGGUUCAAUUUCAAUUCUUUGAUGAGCAUCUGAACCCCUAAAAAGUCCUAAAUUCCAGAAUAAAUAAAUGGCUGAAGGAUUGCCAUAAAUUAACUUUUGCUUAUCUUCAGCCAUUUGCUUGAGACUGAAAUGUCAUGUCGAUUUUUUAUUUGCUGAAUGCUGUACUCAGACAGUAUUAUUAUUUUUUUAACAGAGAAUGGUUUUGCUGUUUUCUAAGAAAAUGAUAACAAAGGGGUUCUUGAAAACCUUUGACUUUAUCAAAGAAAACUAUGCCCUAGAAAUUUAAGCUCUAUGGACGAUCUCAAAAUUAAUUAAAUGAUACUUGACUUUUUUUAUUCCAUCUUGCUUUAGAUCCAAGAACUACAAAAUGGCUAUUUGUCCCAUCCAUCCUAUCACCCAUUUCUUUUGUAGUAAUUUAUUUAUUGUUAGUGUGGAGUCUCCCCAAAGUGAUGAGGAACAAGGAACCAUUUCAACUGACAAACCUACUUGUGCUGUACAAUGCUGCUAUGACACUUUUGAAUUUAUACAUCUUUGUUGAGGUUAGUGAAAAGAAGUUGUUAACCUUUAAAGCCUCACUAUCCUCAGAAGUCUCUAAAAAGUAGUCCUUUUCUUAGUUUACUGAUUUCAUUUUUUGUACAGUAAUUCUGUGGCAUUCUGGUCAUUCUGUUCUAUUAAUGGGUUUAUUCACCCCGCCUAUCCCUUAACCUAAGAAAACAGCCGACUUUUUGCGACACUACCACAGAUUUCUCCAUGAAUAAUAUUCUGUACUGAUUUAUGAUGUGUCACUUGACCCAGAUCUGGGAAGUGCUUCUGAUUGGUUGAAGUAAAUCUCUUGUGACAUGACCAAUAAAAAGCAUUAGCUAGAUUUGGGUAGUGACAUGUCAUCAGUAUGGAAUUUCUGCAAUCGUUCCUCAGACACCAUUUAGAGCCGGGAGGAAACCAGUGGUAGCUUUGCAAAAUGUUGGCUGUUUUCUCAGGCAACCUACAUUUUGUAUCCGAUCCUCUAAUCUACUUUUUGCACUAUCUCAUUAUACAGUCUGAAAACAGUUUAAUUUUGCCUUUGGUCCUUGAAUCUUGCCAGCAGAGUCCUCAAAUGUCUUAAAUUUUGAAAGGGCAUAUAUCUCUCUUUAAAUGCCACACUACUGCCACUGUAAAUUAAUUUGUCAUUCUUCAAGUGCAGCUAAUUACUACUGUUAAAUUCAAGGAUUAAGAGUGGACCACGUACAUUCUUAAACUAAGAAAAAAAUUGCUCUACUAAAUUUCUAUUGAGCAAACCAAAGGUUUGUACCUACUCUGCUGUUGAAUUAAAGGGCUGUUUGGAUACAUGUAUCACUUUUAAUUAUAAACCUAGCUAUGUAGUUUCUCUUUUGAUAAAAUGUCAACAGUUCGAUCUGGUCUUUUCCAUUUGCCGGAAACAUGAUUCUAAAUCUGAGAUGUAUUUUAGCGGAAGGAGCAAUACGAUAAAAAAAAACAAGCAACUUCUCACAGACAGCCAUGUGCUCAAUUCAGCUAUAUUUCCCAUAAUAAUAUAUGCAGCUGAUAAUACACAUGUGAUGUCACGCUACAAAAUCUCCCAAUGUCCUCAAUGUCCUGUUGAUAGUUUUAGUUUACAACACUUCUUUAGGUUCUUAUUUCGACUACAGCUGCUGGAUAUAGUUAUUCCUGUCAAAACCUGGACAUGAGUAACAAUCCCAAGGAAGUGAGGGUAAGGGAUUUUUUUUUUGGCGUUGUCUUUAUUUGAACAAAUUUCUGUAAUGAUUAAGCUGCAUUUCUAGGGUGUUAGUUGGUUAAAUUGAUAAUCUGCAAAUGUUACAGUGUUGUAAUGGGUCUUAACAAACUACGAGCCAGCGAGCCAUGCGAGCCAGCGAGCCAUGCGAGCCAGCGAGCCAUGCGAGUCAUGUGAGGCAUCGGUAAAAAAAAAAGGAAACACAAGUAAAAACUGCAAAUUUACAGAUGAGGAGUUGAACACUCAUUAUACUGAUUAGGGUUAAGCACUCAUUGUACUGAUUAGGGUUAAGCUUUCAUUUUACGGAUUAGGGUUAAGCGAUUAUUUUAGGGCUAGGGUUAAGUGCUGUUUAGGGUUAAUUAACACUUAUUUACAACGUUUAGUGUUCAGUUAAUGUUUUCCAUAUUACUGUUUUCGAGUUUUAUGGUGUUUUUUUCAAUGAUUCUUCAAUGGACUGUAUGGCUCACAUGAUCGACUCGCUGGCUCGCAUUUUAUACACACUCUGUUGUAACUGUUGUACUAAUAUUACUGAAGGCUCUGUAGUUAUUUUCAGGAGAAUUAAUGUUGGAUUAUAUAUCCCUUUUUUAUGCAUGCAUGUAAAGCAUUCAAGUGCCUAGCUCUCCUCAAUAACUGAGAGGCUUGGUAGAAAAGGGCAGGCUAUUGUCAAUUUUGCUGCUGGUUUUAGUCCAAGGGCUGUGUUACACUGUACACUGUGAUGUAUUUCCUGGAAAACUAUUUUCUCAUCCCUGCUUAUUUCAAAUCCCUUCAAUUUAUGCAACUGAUAGUUGUUUUCAUAUUAAUAUGUGCUUAUAUUUAAUUUAAUUUUUAUUUUUUUAGUGUAUUUAUUUAUUUAUUUAUUUUAUUUUUUAUUAUUUUUUAUUAUUAUUGUUUUUUUUUUAACUCUUCUCAUAGAAUUUAAUUGUUAGCACUUUUGUAAAUUUCUAGAAUAUUAGUUUAGAUAGCUGUUAGUGUACAGGCGAAGAACCACUUCGUGGAUUGGUGAAAAUUAUUGUCCAGAUCUUCUUUUCCUAAUCCAGUCAAGUGCCUAUAUGUUCUAGAAUUAACAGUUGGUUUCGAUUCUAACCUUAACAACAAUGCAGUGCGUAAGAAAGAAAAAUAUCUGAACUUGAUCAACAAAAUGAGUAGAAAUUACAGAUGUGUGAGAUUUGUAAAUCUCUCCAUGAGUUCCCUUGGCGUUUUCUCCGAUGAAUGCUCCACGUUCUUAGACAUGAUGAAUGACACUGGCAAUUGACAAAAAGCACCAACGUUAUGUAAUCAAGAAAAUGAUAAAUAUAGCCAUUAGAGCAACAUAUUACAUCUUUUGUUGUAUAAAUAGGAACUGGGAUAGCCCAGACUUAAUGCAAUUUUGAUUUUAUAUAUAUAUAUAUAUAUAUAUAUAUAUAUAUAUAUAUAUAUAUAUAUAUAUAUAUAUUUUUGAUUUUUUUUUUUUUUUGUUUUUUUUUUUUUUUUUUUUUUUUUUUUUUUUUUUUUUUUUAUUACUAUUAUUUUUUGUGUUUUAUAAUAAUAAAAAUAUACAAUAAAGAAAAAUAUAAAAAAAUUUAUAAUAAAAAAAAAAACAAAGAUAAAAAAAAAUAAAUAAAAUUUUAAUUUUAUAUAUAUAUAUAUAUAUAUAUAUAUAUAUAUAUAUAUUUUGGAUUUUCUUUUGUUUUUGUUUUUUUUUUUUGUUUUGUUUUGUUUUUUUGUAAUAAUCCAAUCUCAAGCAGCAUUUGUAAUGCCUAUACGUAGCGAGAUUUACAAUUGUACAUUCAAAAACACAAAUAAAGUUUCCAUUAUUAUUAUUAUUUGUGGUCUUGCCAGAUUGCCUCAGUGUUGUGGUGGUUCUAUGCCUCAAAAAUUAUGGAACUUCUAGACACUGUAAGUACACGUGUACAUUGUAUGUCAACAGCUUCUAUUUUCUGUUUUUUGUUGUUGUUGUUUUUUCUGAAAAUUAAUUGUUCAAUCGUUACUUUGUUUCAAAAGUGAGCUGGUGUUGUGAAUUAUGCAGUUAAUUGUCUGUCUUUUUUGUGUCAAUUGCAACUUUUGGCCUUAAGAUUCUUGCAGGCCUGAUGUGAAGUUUAUGGCAUCAAGAUUAUCUGAUACAUGUAGCAAAUUUGAUUUAUGGUGACAGUUUUAACUUAGGCUGAUAAUUUUCUCAGUAUUAUUUCCUGUAGGGGCUCUGGAGACCAUGGGAAUUAAGAGUUAAUCUAGGGCAAUUAAAAAUAAGCCUGAAAUCAAUUUUGAUCUGUGACAUUCCAAUAAAUUAAAAGUUUUUUGCUCGCCAGGGAGCUUCUAGAACUGCCUAAAAAGGCCUCAGAUACAGAUGGUAUUAAACAGCAAUGUCAUGAUCAAAUGACAAGUACAUAUUGUACAGUAUGUCAGAAAUCCAUUUGGAAUGGAAUGUAAUAAUCUUAUUUAUGACUUACACCGGUUUUUAACCCUCCCCCCUUACACUCAAAUGUCUAUUUAGUCAAGGGUCAAGGUUUGGUGGGGCUCUGAUCUGCAUGGGACACCAGGGUAACAAAUUCACUUUGUAAAGCACUGUAUAUAAUAUAUCCUGUAGAUGCAUGGGUACUACCAACUUUGAACUUCACCGUACACUGUUAAUACACUGUACAAGUAACGUUCUAUUGCCAUGAUACCUGCAGUUCCUUCAUGCCUAUGAAGUCUCACUUUUAGUAAUAAGCUCUGGAUGUGAAGGAGAUCCUGUGGCUUAUGUAGAAGUGAACAACCUGUAUGUGUACCUUGGCAAAAUACUACAUUGUAAUUAAAAAAAUACCCGCCUACAUGUACUGUACCGGCACUGUAUUCAAUGGAUUCCUUCCUUUGACUUGUCAGAUGUUUUUUCUACUACGUAAGAAGAAUAGUCAAGUAUCUUUUCUACAUGUGUAUCAUCACACUACCAUGGUCUGCCUUUGGUGGAUUGGUAUCAAAUGGGUGGCUGGUGGACAAUGUGAGUACAACAGGAUUUAAUUUGAUGAUAGGGAAUUUAAGGCCAACCGUCAGCUUUGAAGGGGUGCAUAAAUAGGGUCCUAAGUGAAUUAAGUCUUCUUGUUAUGUCAAAUCCUCUAUUUUUUAUACUACCAAAUAUAGCAAAGGAAUAUUAAAUAGCAAUUUAUCUGAAGUCACUUGGGGAUCUUUUUUUUAAUCCACUUAUCCCUUCAAUAUACUGAAAGAAUCUUUGCAUGGCCUUGUGAACAGAAUAGUAGGAGCACUCCUGAAUAAACGCUGUAAAUGAUGGCAAAAAUCUUGAUAUUACUGUAACUUCGCCCAAUGUACGGGAAUCCGGAUUGCGGGAAAUUUUUGCUUGUGGAAUCCAGAAUCCAUGUUUUGUUUUUGUGGAAUCUGGAAUCCUUGGCUUUGGAAACAGGAAUACAGAUCAAGGAAUCUGGAUCCCAAUAAUUAAAAUCUGGAGGCCGGAAUCCAAGUUCCACUGACAAAGGAUCCAGAAUUUAUGGCGUGGAAUCACGAAUCCAAGACAGUUUUGGAUUCCCUUACGUAGGGUGGAUUAACUGUUAAGUCUUUUGUAUCCACAGCAUUUUUAAGUGCAUUGAUUAACUCCUUGGUUCAUGUCAUCAUGUACACUUACUAUGGGAUGUCAGCUGUGCCAAGUUUACGCAAGUACCUAUGGUGGAAAAGACAUCUCACCCAGUUUCAGUUGGUAAGUUGUUUUUCCUUCAUUGCCUGAUAAAAGUAUUACCGUGAAGAGUGGUUUCAGUUUGUUAAAAAAAAAUGGACUGAAAUAAUUGAUUUCCCUGUGAUACUUCCUGUACCUAGAAUAAUUUGAUUGCAUUACAUUUUUUUUCAAAGCAGCUUAAUAGUUUGAUAAAAAAAAAGAAGCUUUUCCUAUACAGCUAUAAAUUAUGACUGUACAGUUUAAAGUCAUUUUUUGGUCUUAAUUUUUAUCAUUAUAUAAUUUAACUAAGAAGAAGCUUUUUCUAUACAGCUUACUGAUAAUCCUAAUUCUUCUGGUUAUAAGCCACCCUACAGCUGUGCAUGUAUCUGUCACUCUUAGAGCGCUGGUGAGCUGAAAGUUGUAUGCAGGGCGGAUAAAGGUUGGGCGGUGAAACGAGCGCGUCCGAGCAAAAAGGUGUGAUGCAGUGGACUGGGACUCUGCUUAGAAAUGUCGCUUGUUUUCGACUUCGGUCAGGGCUUGCGAUAUGAUGUGGUUUGUACAUUAGACACUGCCGCUGUCACUGAAUUAUGGCGGUUUGAAUUGUUUUCUUGCACUUCUUCCUCGUUCCUUUGUGCUGGUACGCUGUCUCCGAGAGGCAAAUGUUGCUAUUUUGUGCGGGAGGUUUAGUUGGAGUAGACAAACAUCUCUUUCAAAGGGUUUCUUUUAUUACUUCCAUGACUCUACCACUGAAUUAUAUUUUCGUUCUGCUACUCGCCAAAUUCGAUGUUAUUCCAAAACAAAACAACUAAGUACUGUCUAAAACACGAAGGAAAAUCUCAUCCAUGUAAUCCAUGGCAAAACUAAAAGACAGCAGAUCGAGUUUCAUAACUAGAUGACGUGUAUUUUAUAAAUGCGUGCAGCUCGUGCAAGGUGAAAUUAUGCUAAUUUCAAUCACCAUCAUCCUUCUUUUUAAUUUUGAAAAAAACAUCUCAGACGUCUUUCUGUUUCUUCGAAACUUCAAAAUUAGCUUCCCCUCAGUUUUUUCUGUUUACCUUGUUUUGUUUUAGAGAGAAAAACGGAGAAAAAACCUUACAACUAACCUCAAUAAAUUUUGUUUACGUGCGGUUGCCGGAUUUGCAACGCAUUGCGCGAAUCGCCAUGGCGCGUUGCACCCGAGAAGCAAAGUUUGAAGAAGUACAACGCCACUAUAUCAAUAUAUAUCAAUCUAAUUUUUUGUUACGUUAUAUAAAAUUUAUCCUCCUUUAACAUAUGUAAAAAUUGAGGUUAAGAAGUGUUAAGCUUUUGCAAACGAAACGGCGAAAGACGAUUAGGCGAUAUUUAGUGGAAGGAGGAGGUAUUCAACACUUUCAAAUUAAACUCAAAUUUUGGCAUUAUACGACCAACAAGUUUGACUUAUAGACGUACAGACACAAACAUAUAAAACUGUUUAUUGAUAUUGUUAUGAAACGAAUUUAUCUAUUUAACAUUGUAGCCUGAAAUUACAGAAAGAAAAUAGGAUUUCCGGUUUGCAAAAAGGAAAAUUUCGCCGGUCUUGAAGCGCACCGGAAGCGCGGAAAGAGCGCUCGUGCCAGUCCUACUCCGCAUCACACAUUGAAUGAAGAGAGGAGCGCUCGUUUCACCGCCCAACCUUUAUCCGCCCUGGUUGUAUGUCACCUAUGAUCUUUUCCGCUAUCAUGACGGAAACAUGAAGUAGCUACUGCCUCAUGUGAGAGUCCGCUGACCAAGAAAGGCUCAAAUCCAUGACAUGAAUCAUUCUUCAAUUAAGGUGGUUUAGGUCAGGUUUACAACAUUUAUAGUUAAUGUAGAUUGCAUUUGUUUUGAAGAAGGUAAAGAAAAAACUAUUUUGCAAGUCAGAGUGACUCCCUCCGUAACCUCAGUGGAGUCAUCUUGAAAAAUUUGGCGUAUUUGCGAACCCUGGCCCUGAUUGAUUUGUUAUCAUCCCUUACAGAUACAGUUUUGUAUUCUUCUCUGCCAUGGUGUUGUUUCACUUUACGUCAAGUGUGAUUACCCCCUGUGGAUGCAAUAUUCCCUGGUUCUCUACAUGGUAUCUUUCCUCGUCCUGUUUUCAAAUUUCUACAUUCAUUCUUAUCUUGCCAAGAGGCACAGGAAACAUGAACGUCAGGUGGUUGAGUAUGAAAACAACAAGGAAAACAGCGAAGCUGUAGCAAAUGGGGAUAUUGUGGCAAAUGGAGUGGCUAGUCCAUAUCUUAAAGAAGGCAAAAAGCACAACUGACGCAUUCAUUUUCUCUUAUUUCUUUCAAUUUUAGAGCCGUUUGGUUUCAAUAUUUUAUUUUUACCAUGCAUUUUUUAAACUCUUACAUUUAAACAUGUUGGGGGGCCUUUUUAGUCAGUGGCAAGCUGAACAAGCAGACUUGAUGAGGCUGGAGAGAGAUUUUCCUCAUUUGGUCACUAGAUUUUCCCCCUCCCCCAGAAAAUUCUAGUCCUGUGAUUUUUAAAUACAGAAUAACAGUGCUAAGUUCGUGUGGGUAGCAGGAUAUUGUGCAAUUGUGCACCCAUAGUAACAAAGCCAACCAUGCGAGUAGAGUUGAGGAGGCUAUGUCACAAUAUUCGCUAUCUUUUUAAAAAGUUAAUGUCACUAUUCCGCUUAAGAUACGCAUGCAAAAGUCACGCAGCUAAAUAACGCAUGCAGGUAAAUAAAACACCGACGACAACGUGGCGUAAUAAGGGGGAGGACAUAGCCUGAUGGCAGGUUAUAGAGACUUCGGGUUAUGCGCACAAAAAAAAAAAUGACACAAGCCACACUUAUCGCCCCACUACCGUAGGUUAGGACAAGAGUAUUGGCAGAGCCUUUCUUAUCUCCCCAGCGCCGCACUGGCUGGAUCGGACAAUGAAGAUUAAGGCAAAGGUAUGAGAUGGCAAAAAACAUGCAAUGCCGAAAGCUUGGGGGAAGUCGCAACGCAAACUUAACCGCAUCUUAACCGCAUUACAAGGAGUGACCCGCUAAACUUUUAUUGAUACAUAACACAACAAAAAAAAAGUGGUCAGUGCUCCCUGAUAAAAUUUGUUUGGUAUCUUCUUCAUAUAACUAGUUAUAACCAAAGGUUACGGAGUUCGGGCGACAAUGAUCAAAGUCAAAACGCUCUUGCUCCAUUGCUGUGCUUUGCGUACGUUUCACGUGACAGAUAGUCAAAACACGAGUGAUCACGUUACGAAUGAUAGAAGGUCCAAACGCGCGUGAUCAAAUUGUGUUCUGUGCAUUCCAUUUAUUCUUAAUGGAGGUCUAAACGAAUGCUGGCUACAUACAUGCGACGCGUGCGUAAUAACAACCUGGAGAUUAGGAUUGCGGGC